AUGUCUAUGAUGCAGCCAAAACUAAAUAAUCCUUAAAAUACGACCUCAUUUACUGACACCUUCCAGAAUGUUAUCAUUAAAAAGUCAGCUGAGUUACCUAAUGGUAGAGAAGAUUAGUCAAUUUUUCCAGUUUCAAAGGCUUAGUAUUUUAUGAACUAAAAAAUUAAAAUAGAUCAAUCAGUUAAGAAACAAAGUUUCUCAUUUGCUUCAAAUUUAGAGGAACAUGGAAGAAAUUUAUCUAUAAUAGACUAUGAAAAGCAAUUGGAGGAUAGAUUUAGAACUACAUUCCAUGUCAGGAAUAAAACCUAUCACUAAUUUCCUGAUAAUAUCACUACACCAGGUCCAGCAGGUAAAUUCGAAUUGUACUUAAACUCAACCAUUUAGACUCCUAUUACAACUAACCCAGCCACAAUAUCGCAGUCUUAAAACUACAGGAAGUCUUUCUAAAUUAGCACUAAUUCACAUCAUUCAAACUUUACAUAACUGUUAAGUAAUAACACAAAUCCAAAUGCAAGUGAUUACAAAGAAGACAAACCUAUGAAUAUAGCUCUUAAAAAUUUCAAAUAGAUAAAAGCAAGGGCAUAAGUUGAUGAGCUGAAUACUUCUUAAAGUAGUCAUUUUAGAAAUUUAACAGCUGACCCAAUUAAUAUUCGCAAACCAAGGUCCCGUAGAAUAGCUUAAAUUAUUUAAUCAGAUAGAAAGAGCGGACAAAAAAAUAACAUUGACAUUGAGAGUGGAGAAAUAAAUCAAAAAUAAUAAGACAAACUGCUAAAUCAGACCUUCACUUCUGGAAGAAAUAAUAUAAGCAUAUAUGAAAAUGAGGAAACUGGGCCAAUCAACUAAAUAAGCUCGUUCAAUCAUAGUGAAAAUAAGUAUAAAUUUAACUCCACUUGCUAUUUAGAUUAAAAGAAUCAGAUUCUAAAGGAAGCUCGGAAGAAAGAAUAAUAGCAAUAGGACAAGAUAAAUGAACUAGAGGCUAAUCUUAAGUUAGUGAGAGAGGAGUUGACUAGGAUUAAAGAGUUUGCCAAAUAGUACGUCAGUGAAAUGAUUGAUUAAAGUUCUGUCCACACAACUGACCAGAUUGAAAGUCAAGACAUUGACAGCUUCUCGUAAAUAGGAGAGAGUCAAAUGAAGAAGAAUUCUAAAACUUAGCCUAGUGCCUUAGAGGUUCAUAGGUUGUAUCAUGAUCUCUAUCUUACAGACCUUAAAUCUGAUAUUGAAUGUGCUCAAAAAGAAGUAACCAACAUUAGACAAGAUAAAGUUAAUUUGUAAAAGAAAUACAGUGACUUGAAAAAAGAAAACUAAGAUUUGAAGAACAACUUAAAGAGAUAUAGAACUUUAUUGCUUGAGCAAGAGAAGAAAGUAUCAGAACUUCAGGUUUAGCUUGAGAAGGCCCAGAAAGGCACAGGGGUUUUUCAGAUGAAAUUAGGUGAUUAAAGUUUCAGCUCUUUAUUAUCUAAUCCUCUGGGAUAAAAUCAUGGAAGUAAUUUUCAAAAUGCGAACUCAAGCGUUCAAUAGUCAUCCAGGGUUGGAACUACAUAAGAUCAUAAUCAUAGAAGAGAACUUUCUAAUCAUGUAGAAAAUGCUUCGCUAGAUAUUAAUAGUGGUUAAAUAAACUUGAAGAGUGAUUUUUCUUUUUCUCAAGCCUUAUAAAAUCCUCAUAAAACUGAAAAAUUAAUGUAAAAUGUUCACAAGGAUGAUUUCGAAGAUAAUAAAAUUGGUACCCCUAUGCUAAAAAACGAGGAAUUAUUGCUUAAGUAACUCACUCUAACUUAAAAACUAGAUUAAUUAAGUCGCUUUUCAAAAGUGAUACUGGGUUCAAAUAAUCUAAAGCAUCUAUUCAAUCAACUAAGACUAGCUUUAAAAACAAUAUUCAGAUGUGAAUCAGCUUACUUUUUGCUUCAUAAGAAAUAAAUAUGCAAGGAUUUCAAAGAAGAAAAAGGAUUGACUACUGCACUUAGAAUAGAGAAUGAGUGGUUUGAAGGAGUAAUUCACGAUGUUAUGAAAGAGAGCGAAAAUGUUCACAACAUAAAAAUAGAAUUUAAUUAAAAGGAUAUUUAAGGUGGCAUAGUAAAAGGUCCAGUCAUGUGCUGGCCUGUAUUUUCUAAUAGCUAGAAAAAUUCUCUCAAAUAAGAAGAAGUUUAUUUGAUAAUUUAGGUCAAUGGCUAUAAAAGUUAUUGCUACAAAGCUGUAGACGGUACUAUUAUGAAUAUAAUAUCAAAGAUUGUUUCGGGUGCUAUUGAUUCAAUUUAGUUCUAAAGAAAAAGUACUUAAGCAGUUUAAAGAUCGUUUGAUAUCCUAGAUAUAUUCAAGACUUUGCUGUCUGAAAGAAAUCAUGCAUUACUUUUCUGGAGGAUCUCAACACUUUUCCCAAAAUUAUUUAACUUUAAGGACUCUGGCGUAUUAUUCAUGGAUGUAAAAUCUAAGCAUUUGUAUAGUAUUACAUCUGAUGACUAUGAGCAAACUGCGCUUGAUCUAAAUGAAGAAAACAUCGUCAGAUACCCAAAUAAUAUAGGAUUGACUGGAAUUGCGAUUGCUAAAAAAGAUAUAGUAGUAUCUUAAGCUGGCUAUAAAGAUAGAUAAUUUGCUCCUGAAGUCGAUAAUUAUAUCAAUAUCAAUAAAGUGAAUAAUAUGCUCAUUGGAGCAAUGGUUGAUAGAUAUGGUGAAGUUAAUGGAGUACUUCAACUUAUUAAUAAAAGUGGAGCUGACACGGAAAUAACUGAGCAAGAUAUGAUAGAGUUGAAAGCACUACUGCCUGCACUAGGAGAAAUUAUAAGGACAGCAGAUGAAUCCAUGGAAAUAUCAAGACUAAGAUAUGCUGUAUUUGACAAAAACAAGGAUAUUGGACAAAAUAAUUUGGCUAUGCUAGAUCAAAUGAUGAGAACUAUGAAGACCUAGAUAACUAACUUGGUUAAUCAUAAGAAGGAAUAUGUCUUUGGAGGUGAUAAAGGACUUGUGUAAGAUGUGUUCUUAGGCCUUAAAGUCAAAUUAAGUGCUCUUUCAAAUGAGGGCAAAGGAGGGGCUCUAAAGAACGGGUUAAGCCUAUUGAUAAGUUCAGCAAACAAAGAAGUUGGAUUAGAAGAUGAAUUAGGAUAGGAAGAUGCCCCUUGA